AUGAAGGAUUACACAGCAGAAGACUGGCUCCCCUCGCACUCGGGCCUCGGCGAGAGCCCCCUCUACCGCGCCAGCGACGACACCCUCUUCUUCGUCGACAUAAAAAACCAGCUCGUACAUUCCGUGCCUAUCGCCCAAGGCUGGGCCAAGAAAAAGACGCUCGAGCUCCCCGAACCCGUCACGCGCGUGCAUGUCGUCGCGGGCCGCCAGGACGUCCUGGCCGUGCAGACGAAACUAGGCUUCGCACUGCUGGAUUUGCAGAAGGGCACGCUUGAUCGUAUUAAUGAGGUGUGUCACGCGGACGAUGAGAGGGAGCUGGAUGGAAAGGUGCGCAUGAAUGACGGCGCGGUCGAUGCGAAAGGCCGCUGGUGGGCCGGCACUAUGGCGCUGGAUGAGGAGAGUAAGCUUGGACGGCUGUGGUGUCUGCGCGAGGGGCGGGUGGAGGAUAUGUCUUCUUCAUCAGGAGGUCAGGGGGAGGAGGAGCGGGCUGCGGUGCCGAACGGGCCUGUUUUCUCGCCGGACGACCGCAUCAUGUACGUCUGCGACACGCCGCAAGGUAAAAUCUACCGGUACGACUACGAUGUCGAGAGCGGCGCGGCUACGAACAGGCGGCUGUUCGUGCAGCUCGAAGGCGGCGGCAUGCCGGAUGGUGCGGCGGUGGAUGUCGAGGGCCAUGUCUGGGUCGCGGCUAAUUCGCAGGGGAAGCUGGUGAGAUACUCGCCGGAGGGGGAAGUGUCAGGGACGUGUGCGGUGCCGGGGGCCAAGAUGACGUCUUGUCCGGCGUUUGGGGUGGACGACAUGAAGACGCUGUUCAUCACGUCUAUUGCGGCGGAGGGCUCGACUGGGAAUGUUUACCGGGUUAGGGUGGAUGUUGCGGGUGUUGAGCAACAUCCUUAUAGGAUCUGA